GACUGGAGGACAUGUCGACCAUGCCUAGCGUGCGGCUGGUGAUGCAGGUCUUGGUGCUGGCCGUGGGCGAGGAGGCUGCCGAGACGGCGCUGGUAGAGGUCGUGCUAUCGGCGAACAAGGAUACGCGCGCUAUUGGAUGGAUCAUGAAGAUGUAUGGCAUGCUGCACCGGCAGUCGUUUCCAAGAUGCCUGUAUCUGUUUGCGAUCUCGCAGAUACCAAAGCCGGCGCUGUCGUCAGCUGAGCUGGAAGCCUUGGCCAAGGCCAUUCGCGACUUGGCGACGCAGUUCCCAUCAGAGAAUUCACGGGCGCUGGGACACAUCCUGGGCGUGUAUCGCGAUGUAAUAUCCAGCGACAACGUAUUGGCUAUACCUGAAGAUGACCCACGCCG